AUGUUUCCUUAUUGCAGGGUUUGGAUGCAUGUACAGCAGUGGAAUGCAAUAAUCGAGGCACGUGUCUUGGCACGAAAAAGGCCUACAUUUGUGCAUGUGUGUUGGGAUAUUCUGGACGGAAUUGCGAAGAUACAAUGUGUGAAUCGGUACGAGACUGCAACGGAAGAGGGAUAUGCUUCGGCACGACCAACUCGCUCACCUGCCUCUGCAAUCUCGGCUAUACUGGCAAGCGAUGCGAAAGGACUGUUUGAGCGUUCGACUCAGUUCGACGACAAAACAAAAGCAAACGAAGAGCAUCGAAGCGGAAAUGCGAUGGCCCACCACGGCGCGCUGACCAAGCGAACGAAGAUGGCCGUUGCGCUUCGUGUAGAAGCGAGUGGAUCUUUC